GAGUAAAAAAUAAUAAUGUCUCGCUCCCUCAACAGCAGAACUUUAUUCUUGAUUCUAAUCUCAACUGUGCUGAUGAAGCACGGUAAUUCAAUGCCAACAUACAAUUAUCAUGACUGUAAAGAUCCAUUAUUGGAGAAUGCAACCACCGGUGCCAUUUUCCAAUCUGAUCUAACUUAUCUUUUGAGGCUUUUAUCUUCAGCAGCUUUCUCUAAGAGCUUCCACAAGGCUAAUGUUUCCACAAGGCUGUAUGGCCUCUUCCAAUGCAGGGCUGAUGUGUCCCAGGUCACCUGCAAAAACUGUACCAUAACUGCCAGUAUAGAAAUCAAAAGCAAGUGCGCAUCGAAAUCUAGUGCAGUAAUCUGGUACGACGAAUGCAUGCUUAGGUACUCCAAGGAACAGUUUUUUGGGGUGGCGCAAACUAAGCCAUUAGUAUUUGCUUGGAACAUUGACGACAAUAAUAGCACUUCACCGACUGAAACUUAUCUCAAUGUACAAGCAGUGAUGUACCAGUUGAUAGAACAAGCCUCAAGUAGGGAUAUGCUGUUCAGUGUAGAGAAAUAUAAGGUAAAUAAUGGGUCCGAGGAUAGAUACGGGUUGGUGCAGUGUACAAGGGAUAUAAAUCGCUCUUCAUGUGCGUCUUGUUUGUCUAAUUUGAUGGAUAGAUCUAAGACUUGUUGCGAACACAGUGUUGGGUGGCGCUUACUGGCUCCUACUUGCAUUAUAAGGUACGAGAAGGAUAUCUUCUAUGAUAGUUUAGAGCCACUAGUAUCACCUAAUACUAGCAAACCGAGACUACCAUCGAAAGAUAACAGAAAUCGCACUGCAAAACUCCUUAUACUCCACAUGGUCAUUCCAAUUACGGUUUUUAUGCUCUUCUGUCUUGUCUGGUCAGCUCAACCCAAGGAAAGACGAAAUCAAGGGGAACAGCUUACCGAUGUAAUUCAAGUAAAUAAGUUGAAAGGUUCAAGUAGGUCGUACUUUAAGGAUCAAGGAAUGAUUACACUCGAAGACAACAAAGGAGAAGUACAGUGCUUUAGUUUGAGCACGAUUAAGGUUGCUACCAACAGUUUUUCUGAUGACACUAAGCUAGGUGAAGGUGGCUUUGGGCCCGUUUUCAAGGGGAAGUUAAAUAAUGGAAAGGAAAUAGCAGUUAAAAGGCUUUCAUUCAAAUCAAGACAAGGCAUUGAAGAAUUCAAGAAUGAAGUGACGUUGAUUGCAAAACUUCAACACAAAAAUCUUGUUAGGCUCUUGGGAUGCUGCCUUGAUAGAAACGAAAAGCUUCUUGUCUACGAGUACAUGGCCAACACCGGUCUCGAUGCUUUUCUAUUUGAUCAAAACAAACGUGGAAAGCUGGACUGGCCUAAGCGGGAAAAAAUUAUAAAUGGAAUUGCAAGAGGUCUUUCAUAUCUACACGAGGAUUCCAGGCUGAAAAUUAUUCAUAGAGAUUUGAAAGCUAGCAAUGUAUUGUUAGACCAAGACAUGAAUCCCAAGAUAUCAGAUUUUGGGACUGCUAGAAUAUUUUAUAGCGAUCAAAUUGAAGCAAGCACCGAAAGGGUUGUUGGUACAUAUGGUUAUAUGGCACCAGAAUAUGCUUUGGAAGGGUCAUUUUCGGUCAAAUCUGAUGUUUACAGCUUUGGGGUACUGAUGUUGGAAAUUUUAAGCGGGAGAAAGAACAUUGGUUGGAUGGUACAGUGUUUACCCCUUCGUGAGAUUUAACAGGCAUGGCGACUCUGGAGCGAAGGCAAGGAGCUGGAAUUUCUGGAUCAUGUCCUGGUCAACGCUUGCCCCAUAGAUGUGGCGUUGAGAUGGAUUCAUAUUGGACUGUUGUGUGUUCAAGAAAGGCCCAAAGAUAGGCCCACCAUGUCCUCGGUUAUUUUGAUGCUUGGAAGCACUACAGCCCUUCCUCUACCACUUGCACCUCCAUUCUCUUUAAGCAACUAUUAUGAUAAUACAACUGACGAAUUUUCAAUAACGGAAGAAAAAGAGGAGGAGGUGGAAGAAGAGGAGGAUGAUAAUUCCAAUCCUUUUUCAGUAAAAUUAUAGAAUUGAAUUCUAGUGUUUGAAAUGAAUGAAUAAAACUAUAAAAUUGAAUUGAA